GUUAAUAUUCAUAAAUAGUUAACUGCAACUACAGGUAAAUUUAAGACGCUUCUGGACAUUACUUUUCAUUCGAAUUUUUGGUGUCAAGUGAAGACUAUAAUCUACGAAAAUGAAUUUUAGCAUUUUAAAAAUGUUAACACUUUUGACGUUAAUCAAAAUUGUUUUGACGAUUGACUUUGAUGACGUGAUCUGUUCAGUAGCACCGCCAAAUUCAAAUCGUGUGUUAUUUUAUUUGUUUUCAAAAAAUAUCGAAAAAGCUCCUAUUACAGCAGACAAAGAAUCAAUCAAAAUGGCUCCAUUUGUUGCUGGCUUUGAUACUCUUAAAAUUAUUAUUCAUGGGUUUGACUCGAGUUCUGAAGCGGAAAACAUAGUUCCAUUGCGAAAAGCAUAUCUAAACGGAACAAGAGAUGGCAAUGUGUUGAUGGUUGAUUAUUUUAACGUUACCGGUGACCUAUCUGAAACGAACAUCCUAUCAUACGGGGCCAACUACGUCCAGGCUGCUAAAUGCGACUUACCAAUAGUAGCGAAAGCAGUGGCCAAGAUGAUCGAAAUGAUAUUGGAUUUACGUCCUGAAAUCGAAAAUGCACAUAUAGUUGGACACAGUCUAGGAGCUCAAAUAGCUGGCGAAGCAUCGACUUUGUAUAAGGAUCAAACGGGAAACACAAUAUACAGAGUGACUGGUUUGGAUCCGGCCGAACCGUUAUUCAAUCUUAAACCAAAACUGACACCAGAAAGUGCCGAGUUUGUAGAUGUCUACCACACACAAAUCGCACUUAAGGGUUUCACGUAUCCGACGGGAUGUGUCGACUUUUAUGUGAACAACGGUGUUCUCCAAACUGGCUGCGUCAAAGAUAAAUCAUAUAAAGAGGCUUUUGAGUGUUCCCAUGGAUCUGCUCUUUUGUAUUUUGCUGAAUCUAUCAACAACGAUCAGAUAAUGGCAAGCCCCUGUGACGAAAUUAGGAAUAUAGUGAAAUAUAAAUUUACUUUAUUUGAUAUUGACAGUAAUAACAACAACGAUUUAAGUUCCACUUGUCUCCGGGAAAGAAAUUCGCGAGAAAAAGAAGUUGUAUUUGGCGAACAUGUACCAUACGGGACCACCGGAGUGUACUUUGUGUCGAUUCCGGAAGUUCCUUCUACCGAAUGAAAAUUAUCACGCAAUUGCUUUUUUAAAAAAUAAACAUGCAU